GAACCAGCUAAUAACAACGUCCUUGUAUAUAUAGUAGUACCUGCAGUCUCUGGUCGACGAUGGCGUGUCCGAGGCAGGGAAGUACACAGCAGAAGCUAGCAAACAGCAUGAGUGGUGCCAUGGACAUGGCGCGAGCCGCGUGACCCAGCAAACUACAUACAUACACCUAGCACUAGCAGAGACCAGAGAUUCAGAGCUCAGGAGCUCAGGAUGUGUCGUUGAGUGCGAAGCUGCCGAUCGAAGGAGGGAGAGAAGGUUCUCGACCGUCGUCUUGCUGCUUGCCGGUCGCGGUCUCAGUCAUCGACCAUGUGGAGCUUGGUGCGGCAGGGCCUCCGAUGGGGCAGGGGGCGGCGACGGCGGCGGACGGCGCGGGUGGUGGACGAGAGCGCGCUCGGCGCAGACGGCGGCGAUAUCGACGGCGGCGGUGCUGCCGCGGCGGGCGGCGCCGUGGUGGCGCCGACGCUGGGCGGCGCCCUGGCCAGGGCGCUGCUGGCGCUGGCGUGCGCCGUCCGCUUGGACGGCGAGGACGUCGGCGCGGCCGAGGAGGCGUGGGCCGCCACCGGGUGGCGGCCGCGCGCCGACGAGGUCAGCCACCUCAUGGUGCGCGAGAGCAUGCGCUACGCCAUCUACGCGUAGGGGAAGCAAGCCGUAUAUAUGUAUACUCAGUACAUAUGCAACUGCAGUUAUGCAUGCAUGUAACCAUUGGCCCAUACGUACAACAUAUAUGUUAGUUUUGGCCUCUAGAUCUGUGUGUAAUAUAUACGAAGUAGUUUCAGCUAGUGCAGUGCUCUUUCUUCUUCUUCUUCAGCUAGUGCAAUGCUUAUCGCUA